AGAGUGGAGACGUUGUACAUAUGUAUAAUGAAGUAAAUAAUAAUAACAGUAAUAAUAAUAAUAAUAACGAUGAUGAUGAUGUGGCUGCACCAGCGCGGUGUGAUCUGAUUGUUGUGUAUGUGAAUACGAAGCAUAUGUUCGAGCUAGUUCUGUUUACCAAAAGUGUGUGUUGCUGCUAUUGUACAUAAUCCUGGAAUCUGAACUCACGAUGAUCACGCCAGCAGAAUCACGCCUGCACGUGUACGUGUCUAUAAAUCCACGCGAACGGCACCGAGAGCGCAGGGUCGGGGCGAGACCCAACCGUUUCCUCGUCACGUCGUUGAUUUAGCUUCAGUCGUGUACAGAGUCACAGCUCAUUAUUCACACAGGUUAUCUGAAGGAGUAACAGAGUGUGCAGUCGGGUUCCAAAUCCUGAGAGCGCCCCUCGAAUACGACGUCGUUUCAAUAAUUCUGUCAGUCACUGAUUUAUGAGAACCGAGAAACACGCCUCGUUUGUAGCCACAGUGUCGGCAAAAGGAGCCCCAGUUUGGCCCCAAAUAGCCUUUUUUGUCCAUUGACCCCAUUCAAGGGAUUAAAAUGAUUAAAAUAAAGCUUGUCAUGUGUCAGACACACAGAGAACAAGCCAAACUCCUCACAAACGGUGACCGGACUGCUACAAAAAAAGUAUCAAAACAUUUACUAUUUUAAAUCAUUUCAUUGUUUUGCUACAGAUUUGCGUACUAAUGGAUUUGAAAGAUCCCCUGACCCCUGUCUGCAUGUCAGGGACUCCACGUGUGGUCCUGACCCCGAGCUGGAGACCCACUGGACUGCACCGUAAGUUCCUCGCUGUAUACGAGCUGAUACGGACGGGGAACCGAGGACAGGAAGCUGUGACCAUAUAAGGAAAGCGUAGGGGCAGUAGUGACAGAAUCAGUCCAUUCUGAUUUACGGCAUUAUAAAGCAGCUUUGAGCUGAAGGUUCGAGACGUAUGUCGUCAAAUCUGAAGCAAAAUGAAAUGUAGUUCUACAACAUUUACACACUGCAGCACUCGAUUCCCCCGUACACCCCCCCCCCCCCCCCCCCCCCCCCCAUCAGGUCGCACCGUCCUUCUUCAGAGUCGAGCUAGUCCUGUCCAUCUUUCAUUCCUAGUUAAACUGUUUGCCCAGGCUGAGUGGAUUGGUUUUGUUCAUGCUGAAACUGAGGAGUAAACUGAGGAGUCCUGUAGCUCACUUUAAACUAAGUAAAAAACAUUUGAAGCCUCAUUUGAAGCCACAGCGUGGGCCCCCAGUUUGGCCCCAAAUUGCCUUUUUUUGUCCAGUGACCUCCAUUUCAAGGGCUCAAACCCACUUUCUGCUCCUUGAUCUUGCUGCGUGAUUCCUGUAUUACUGUAAAGACGUUUAAACCAUGUGUAGCUUGACUUUAAAGUAAACAAAUGGGUCAGGUGGUCGUGGUUACCUGGGGUGUGACGUUUGCUGGCUCCUCGAGUGCGCUCCGGACGUUUGGACCCGACUGUACGACCGUGUUUUAUCUGUCUGUAGCACAUAGUGUCCGAUCGUCGCCUUUAAAACGAUUCGAUGAAUUUUUCUAUAAAUUUAUUAGUAGAUGAAUGAAGCUAGACUGUCAGGGGUUCGAACGCAGGUGCUUAGCAGUGAUUAGCGUAGAGACGAUAGAUUUAUUUUAUUUCUUUUUUUAUGAGACUGAGACGGUUUAAAUCACCCGUAAACGUCUUCAUCGUGCUUCAGAUCGUAACUGACGGACAUGAUGUGGAUUUCUCCGUGUAUAGCACUUACAGAAAUGUUUCCUCUAUAGAGAAUCAGUGCCGUAACGCGCCGGCAGGUUCUCGGUUUGAUAUAUAAACACACGUCCUUAACCUGGAUUCACAGACAAAAGUAUUGGGACACCCCUUCUAAUUAUUGAAUCUUUGUGUUUCAGCCACAACAGCUUCUAUCUGGUGUAAUGAAUUAAUCAUAUAAAGGAAAUUCCAACUUUGCAGCAGCAGUUUAGGGAAGGCUCAUUAUGUUCCACCAUGAGCGAGCUUUUUAAAGAUUAGAUUUAAAAACCAAGGAUCUCCAGCGGCCUGCCCAGCCGUCACAGAUUCCCACAGACAUACUUCAGAGUCUUGUGUGAAGCUGAAAAGAUCACAUAAAGGUCGCUCUUAAACGGAACGUCCAACAAGGUCAGGUGUCCGAAUACUUUUGGCCAUACUGUGAUAUAUCGAACACAUAACUGGUUUUUGGAACAUGCCUACUGGGAAGAUGUUUGUUUGAGUAUAAAAGGUCUGAAUAAGUUUUAAAAGUAUUAAAUGUAAACCCGAACCCGCAGCACUGACUGAUUAACCCCAGGAACUCGUUAAUGCACCAGUGUAAACCCUAAAUGUGACUGAAUUACACUUUGUACCAUGUUGAAACCAUGUGGUGCUGGUGUCGGAACUGGCGUCGUCUCUUUCUUUUCAUGUUCUGUGAAUUUUUUCCGGCUCGUGUCAUUGUUUUGUUUGCAGCUUCCACACUGCCGCCGGGCUCCGGACGUCCUGCAGAUCAGAAUAGUUCUGUACAGAUUCCUCGUGUAAUGCACACGUCGUGAUGAUUUUUCUAUCAGAAGCAUUUUUAUAUAUAAUAAAGGUUCUAUUUUAAGGAAA